AUGGAUAAUAAUAAUAACAAAUUACUCCAAGAUAUAUCUAUGUUAGAUAUUACUGAAAAUGGAAAACCAUACUUUAAUAAUAAAGACGGCAACGACACCAAUAAUGAUGAUUCCAAUAAUAAUAAUGGUAAUAAUACCUUACUACAUCAAAGCCUUUCUCAAAUGAGUAUUGAUGAUAAUUCAGAUGAAGAUGACGAUGGUUUAGACCAUACUGGAGUAACAAAUUUUACCAGGAAAAAAUCGACUUUAAUCUUUAAUGAUGAUGAUGAUUAUGCUUAUCACGAAAACGUGCAUGGUACCAGUUCUAGCGCUAAUGCAAAUGAUGAGCAUAUUGAAAAUGUAAAUUCGGUUAGUGGUUUAAACAUUAAUGAUAAUACCUCUGUAUCUUCUUCAUCUUCAGCAACCUCUACAACAUCCUAUUCUGCUACACCACCCAUAGUAAAUCAAGUAGUCAGUGAUACCAUCUCUACCUCCUCUUCCCAUAAUACUGUUCCUAAUGAUGAUAAAAAAAAAAAUAGUUUACUGGCUGUUGUUCCUGUUGAUAUAGUUUGGAAACAAGGUGGUACUUCUGUCUAUGUCACAGGUUCUUUCACUGAAUGGAGAAAAAUGAUCGCAUUAGUACCAUACAACGACGAUAACAAUAAUAACCAUGACAUCUUCCAUAUUGUAUUGCAAUUACCACCAGGCACACAUAGGUUUAGGUUUAUUGUUGACGGAGAAUUACGUAUUAGUGAUUUUUUACCACAAGCUACCGACCAAAUGGGUAAUUUUGUUAACUUUUUGGAAGUUGUGUUGCCACAGCAAGCAGAAGAGCAAGAAGAGCAGCAAAUGAAUGCAGUUGCUACUAAACCAACAGGAUCAGUACAACAACUGCCAACCAAUAAUAAUAACAACAGAAGAAAUGCUUAUAAAAUUGCAGGAACUGGUUUCACUACGUUAGAUCAAGCUUCUUCUGUUAAUAAGACAACUAGGGGAAAGAUGAGUAAUAGUUCCAGAUUAGCUUUACAAAUUGCACAAGAAUCAGAAAACGAGCCAAGAGAUAUUGGGAAUGGAUAUUCGAGGGUAAGUGCAGAAGAAACUAACAAUGCAGCUAUAUUAAUGAUGAAACCUAAAUAUGAAUACACUAUAGAUAUACCAGCUGUUUUUACUGAUCCGAGGGUGAUGGAACAAUAUUAUUUAACUUUGGAUCAACAAAGAAAUAACCAACAGUAUAUGUCGUGGUUAACUCCACCACAAUUACCUCCACAUUUGGAAAAGGUUAUAUUGAAUCAAUCACCUGGAAAUGUUACUAAUAGUAAUAAUAAUAAUAAUAAUAAUAAUAAUAAUAAUAAUACUGGUAGUAACACUAGCAUUAAUAAUGAUGUUAGCAAUAGCAGCACAUCCACCCAAACAAAUGAAAAUAACAGUGGUGCUUUGCCAAUUCCUAAUCAUGUUGUUUUAAAUCAUUUAAUUACCAGUAGUAUAAAACAUAACACUUUGUGUGUUGCUAGUACUGUAAGGUAUAAAAGUAAAUAUGCUACGCAAAUAUUAUAUGGGCCGUUGCAAUGA